GGGCGAUGGCUGGGCCGAGGAGGGGCGGCGGGGUGGAGCUCGUGCAGCUGAACGUGGGCGGCAGGAGGUUCAGCACCUCUCGCCAGACCCUCACGUGGAUCCCAGACUCCUUCUUUUCCAGCCUCCUCAGUGGCCGUAUUUCCACCUUGAAGGAUGAAACGGGUGCCAUCUUCAUCGACCGGGACCCUAACAUCUUCGCUCCCAUCCUGAACUUUCUCCGGACCAAAGAGCUUGACCUCAGGGGGACCAACAUCUCACUGCUGCUGCACGAAGCAGAAUUCUACGGGAUCACUCCGCUAGUUCGCCGCCUGCAGCUGCGCAAUGAGCUGGAAGAGUCGUCUUGUGGGAGCGUCCUUUUCAAUGGCUACCUGCCCCCUCCAGUGUUUCCUGCCAAGCGGUGGAACCGUCACAGUGUCGCAGGGCCGCAGCUGGCCAUCCGGUCGGGGAGCCUCUCGGAGCGGGGCCUCCUCGUGCGGCGGAGCAACACCAUGCCUCCGAACCUGGGCAAUGCCGGGCUGCUGGGACGGCUGCUGGAAGAGAGGGGUGCAGGCGCUGGUGCCACCAGCGACCCGGGCAUGGUGCGCCUCGUGUGCGGGCAUCAUAACUGGAUAGCCGUGGCCUACGUCCAUUUCCUGGUCUGUUACAGGCUGAAAGAGACCUCCGGGUGGGAGCCGGCCUUCUGCAGCCCCCGGCUGGAGUGGGUCAUCGAGCGCGUGGCCCUGAACGCCCGGGUCAUCGGCGGCUCGCUGGGGGAUGACAAGAUGGUGGCUGCCGCCUCCUGCAGCGAGAUUCUCCUUUGGGCGCUGCAGCCCGACGGGAGCGGCGUGGAGAUUGGUAUGUUCCGCUUGGGGGUCCCUGUGGAAGGUCUCCUGUUCGUGGGCAGCCAGCUCAUCGCCACCAGCCACACGGGCAAGAUUGGUGUCUGGAACGCCGUUACCAAGCACUGGCAGACUCAGGAGGUGAGCCCGAUCACCAGUUAUGACGCGGCUGGGUCCUUCUUGCUGCUGGGCUGCAGCAACGGCUCCGUCUACUACGUGGACGUGCAGAAGUUCCCCCUGCGCAUGAAGGACAACGACCUGCUGGUCACAGAGUUGUACCGCGACCCCUCCGAGGAUGCCGUCACCGCCUUGAGCGUCUAUCUCACCCCCAAGAGCAGUAACAGCGGCAACUGGAUCGAGAUCGCCUACGGCACCAGCUCCGGGAUGGUCCGGGUGAUUGUCCAGCACCCAGAGACGGUGGGCUCGGGGCCCCAGCUCUUCCAGACAUUUGCUGUCCAUCGUAGUCCCGUCACAAAGGUGAUGCUGUCCGAGAAGCACCUGAUCUCAGUCUGUGCCGACAACAACCACGUCCGCACGUGGACAGUGACCCGCUUCCGUGGGAUGAUCUCCACGCAGCCCGGCUCCACCCCGCUGGCCUCCUUCAAGAUCUUGGCCCUGGAGUCCGGGGAUGGCCAAGGGGGCUGCAGUGCCGGCACGGACAUCGGCCCCUUUGGUGAGCGAGAUGACCAGCAGGUGUUCCUCCAGAAGGUGGUGCCGGACGCCAGCAAGCUGUACGUGCGCCUCUCCUCCACGGGCCGGAGGAUCUGCGAGGUCUGCUCCGUCGAUGGCUCCCCCAUCACAGCCUUCAUGGUGCAGGAGUGCGAGGGGUCCAGCCGCAUCGGAUCUCGCCCACGCCGCUACGUCUUCACUGGCCACAGCAACGGCGGCGUCCAGAUGUGGGACCUGACCACGGCCAUGGAGAUGCUGGAGCGAGCGCCAGAUGCCGGCGGUCUCUCGGAGGAGGAGCUGCUGCUGGAACUGGGCCACUCUGACCUGGCCCUCAUCCACACCCCGGAGCCACCCCCUGUGACGCCUGCCACCCCCACGGGUACCCCCUGCGCGGCCAGCCCCCCCAGCAGCCUCCCGUUGCCAGGAGCCGGUGGGGCCCAAGAGAAGCCGGCCCCGGCAUCCCCGGCCCUCUCCUGCCGCUCAACCCAGUCUGUCCCCGGCGCCCGCAACCAACCGGCAGGCGUGGACCGGUGGCGCGUGGGUGGGAACUUUGUCGAGCGUUGCCAGGAGCUCGCCCGCUCCUCUGAGCUCGCCCAGCCGGAGGGCCGUUGGGCCAGCCGCUCCCGGGAGACGGGGGCCAGGGCCAGGCCCAGCGGGUACCCCGCGGGUGUCGGAGACCAAAGACCGGCCAGUGGUGGCCCUGCCUCAACAGAGCCGGCCUUCCCGCUGGCCACACCCAGGCGGCCGCUCAGCGAAACCUCUUUCUGACCUGCCACCUGCAGUGCUGAGGGCGUCUGCUGCCUGCUCAGGUCCCCUGGGGCACCUCCGCAUCUCUGGUCCUCCUGCGGGCGGGGUCUGUGUGCAGAACUCUCCAGCUCCCUGUGCCUCUCCAGCUCCCUGUGCCUCUCCUGCCUUACCAAGACAGCACCACCACCCCUUCCCGACAGCCACGCGGUGUUCUGUGUGCUCUCUCAGCAGCCUGUGCGCCUUCUCCAAGCUCCCAACCCCCCCCCAACCGCCAAACCACUCAGGGUUCUUGCCCCCCCUCCCGGGGGGGGGGGGCUGUGUGCAUUUCUCCCAGGGAAGGACUUUUCACAAGAGUUCUCACACCCCACGAGGGAUCCCUGUUGCUGCAGAGACUCCCCUCCCCCUCGGGGGGGGGGGGACUCCUUUUCAGAAGCCAAAGCUACCUGUGAGCAAGACCAGUCCACUGUUAAACCGUUCUUCUUUUUGUAGCAAUAAACAGACUUGGAGGGUCGCCCCCCCCUCCCCCCUUGA